GAGAGUUUAUUUUUAUUACAUAGCGUUACAAACACUUAAGGACUAAUUGAAUUUAUCGUGCUUUAAAUUCAUUACAUUGAGUUGUUUUGGUGAAGAAAUCGUGCCAUUGUCUCUUUCCAUCUUCACCCCGUAAUAAAGGAAAACCCCCUUGAUCUGGAGACAGCACCCCCAGCUGGACAGUCAUGAGUUUUUGUCCGAGCCCAUGCGUGCCUGCAGGUGUGUACAGCGUUGAGGAGCAGCGGGAACGCUGGGACAGGAAGAGGAAGCGGACCGGACGAGAACUGGUCCAGAGUGAACAGAGAUACUGCGAAAAGCUGGACGUGAUCACCACAUACUUUGUGGAGAUUCUGAAGGCCAAAGGAACCCUGAGGCAGGACAUUAGAGAGCGCAUCUUCAGUUCAAUUAAAUCAAUUCAUUUAGUAAACCAGACGCUGCUUGCCCAUCUGGAGAACGGCAAUUUUGGUGCAGGAUUUGACCAGUUCUGCCCUCACCUGCAUUUCUACACUUCCUACGUCGACAACUUCCAGACAUCCAAGAAGACCCUUGCAGUGCAGCUGAAGAAAAACAAAGCGUUCAGACGUUUUAAGAAGCUUCAGGAAGCCAGACCUGAGUUCCGCAAACAGAAACUUGAAGACCUGCUUCCUCUUCCACUGGAGCGCAUACAGCAGUACAAUAACUUCUUGAGGGACUUGACAGAGAACACCAGUCCAGACAACCCAGAGUUCCAGCAGCUUUCAAGGGCAGUCAGUGCCGUCUCCGAGGUGGCCCAGCGCAUCCAGCACAAUGCCCGCAGCCAUGAGAACCACCUGCAGCUGCAGAGGGUCCAGAAACUGCUCAAGGGCCGAAAGACCAGGCUGCUGGCUCCAGGUCGCUGGUAUAUCCGCGAAGGUUGGCUAAAAACGGUGCCCCCUAAAGGCACGGAGACCAAACCCAAGAUGUUUUUCCUUUUCUCAGACAUCUUGGUUCAGGCCAAACGGUGUAGUCUAAUGCACCCAACAAAUGGAGACAAGCUGGCGUGUCAGAGAGUCUAUCCGCUUAAAGAGUGCACCGUGGACAAAGUGUUUGGCCACACCAAGAGCCAAGGAGGCCUCAUCAGUUUGACUUUCUCCAAAGUCAAGCUGCUCCUCAUGUCCAGCGAUCAGGAGGACAUUAACGAUUGGUACCGCAGCCUUUGCCUGGCCAUCGGAAAGCUGAAAACAAAGAACACAGUAGUGCACAGGAGAGAGGAGCUCCUCCGACCACCGCUCCGCGCAGCCACACACAGCCAGCAGAGUGUAGCGGCCUCGUCCCAAAUACACAGCAGGAAGAGGGCUCUGGCGAGUGAACCAGAGACUGAGAGUGGCAUGAGCAACCACAUACUUCCAGCUGGAGAGAGUGUAGGCAGCACAUCCAAAAAGAUUAAAUUCUCCGAGACUCCUUCUGGAAGCAGAUCUCAGGAAUCAUCUGGCUCGAGCUGCGUCAUUCUGUGAGGCGAUGCAGAUGCUGGACUCUCGACCGGGACUGGUGAAGCUGCUAGGAGACUGGUAUAAUCUGCAUACUACUUUAGCUUCAUUCCUACUGCAAGAAUGCGAUCAGUUCAUACUCAAGAGUGAUUUUCUCUGACAUGUUUUUAGAUCUGUUAUUUCUAUUCCUAAAUCCCAAAGAACAAAACUGUUCUUUAUUUAAUCUCUUUUAUUGUUAUUAUUUGUCUGUCUUUUGUGCUCCAUCAUACGUAAUACAGACGACUGAAUAUGCUAAAAGCACAAACCUUUAAGUGCUGAACACAUUAAUCAGUGCUGCUUUAUGUUAUAACUUAUAACGCUACUAAUAACAUACACUCCUACAUUUACUUAACACCAGAGCAUCAUGUAUAAUUAUUAAUGGGGAGAAAAAUGAAGUGCAAUAUACAGUAAUACAAGUGCAUGAAGGGAUUUUCUACUGAUUGUGAAUAGAAAGUUAUACUGAUUGGGAAUCAUGGUGAUGUAUAGUAUCAUAAGUGAUCUGAUUUCCUCUGUGUUUUAUUACUCUAAAGUUUAUAAUGUGUUUUCUUUAUAAUAUUACCUUCUUACCAGGUGUAUUCAUGUUACUGAAAGCUGUUACACAGGAUAGUAGUUUAACUAUUUCUAUAUGAAUUAGUCAAAUGUAACGUGCCGUAUGUGUCUUCCUGUGAUGUGAUUUUUGGCUUCAGGUUUAUUUGUAUGAACUGGGUUUGAUCAGGUAAUCAGACUUUGUCCAACACUGAUCAAAUAAUAUUUUUUUAAUUGAUUACAGAUAAGGUUUUGGACGUGUUAUUAAUAAUGACCUCUAUUCUAUCAUUGUUUUUAUUGUUUUAUUACACCUAUAAACCUGAGCAUGUGCUGGAAGAAUUGCCUGACGCUUUGGUGCAUUUUAUAUCCAAAGGCGCCCUCUAGUGGUCAACUAGUGUAUGUGAGCACGUGUUGUUGUUUAGACUCUUCAUUAUAAACUCACUGGUCAUUUAUUAGUAAACAAUAAAACCCUCCUUUGGGCAAAAAAAAA